UAGCUGACCAUGACUCGCCGCUGCAGUAACACCUUUAUGGAGUCUCGAACUGUAAGUAGUUGCGGUUCGCUAAAAAUGGCUCAUUCCAGCCCUGCACGUCACUUAACCAUGUAGUCGGCAAAGAAGAAGUUCAACCCAGCUAUUUCCAGUUCGUGGUACAUUCCAGGCACACCCCGAGCUAAUGAGAAUGGUUUGCUCCAUCCUUAGCGAACUUUAGCAGUUAAUGCCCGUCAAGGGCCUCGCCAGACAAGGAAGGGGCGGCGUUGCAUUAAAACAAAAUGAUCUUGGCCCGAAAAAGCCUGACGUCUCAUUUCUCGACUCUCAGGGCGUGACCAACCGGCGGGCCGGCGCGCGGGCGGGCGGGCCAAUGGAGCGGUGCGCCUGCGUGGAGAGGGAGGUCGACAAAGUGCUGCAGAAGUUCCUGGGCUACGGCCAGCAUUGCGAGCGGGGCCUCGGAGAGCUGCUGCGCUACGUCACCCGCCUGAGGGAGGAGCUGGGCGCCGGCGCCGGCGCCUUGCAAGAGACACCUCUGUCUGCUACCCUUUCCCUGGUUAUGUCCCAAUGCUGCAAGAAGAUCAAGGACACUGUGCAGAACCUAGCUUCAGACCACAAAGACAUUCACAGCAGCAUCUCCCGUGUGGGAAAAGCAAUUGAUAGAAAUUUUGAUGCAGACUUGUGUGGCAUUGUUCCUGCUAUGGUCUGGGAGUCCCAAGAGAAGCAGAUCCUGGUGUUGGCCAUUAUAGAGCACCUCUACCAACAAGGGCUGCUGGGAGUAGCUGAAGAACUAUGUCAGGAAUCCCAUGUGAAUGUGGAUGUAGACUUCAAAAAGCCAUUCCUGGAACUUAACAGCAUUUUGGAAGCUCUGUACCAACGGGACUUAGAGCCUGCUCUGAAUUGGGCAGUCUUCCACAGACAGCUGCUGGCAGAGUUGAACAGCUCUUUGGAGUUCCGGCUGCAUCGUCUGCACUUCAUCAGGCUCCUUGCUGGUGGUCCAGGAAAGGAGCUGGAGGCCCUGAGCUAUGCACGCCACUUCCAACCCUUUGCUCAUCUGCACCAGCAAGAGAUCCAGGUGAUGAUGGGCAGCUUGGUGUAUCUGCGCUUGGGCCUUAAGAACUCCCCAUACAGGCACCUGCUAGACGACAGUCACUGGACUGAAAUAUGUGACACUUUCACUCAUGAUGCCUGUGCCCUAAUGGGACUCCCCGUGGAGUCGCCCCUUAGUGUCAGCUUUGCUGCAGGGUGUGUAGCGCUGCCAGUGCUGAUGAACAUCAAGGCUGUGAUUGAACAGAGACAGUGCACAGGUGUCUGGAGUCACAAGGAUGAGCUGCCUAUUGAAAUUGAGCUAGGGAUGAAAUGCUGGUACCACUCAGUCUUUGCAUGCCCCAUCCUACGCCAGCAGACAACAGAUUCUAACCCACCUGUCAAGCUAAUCUGUGGACAUGUCAUUUCUCGAGAUGCACUUAACAAACUCAUCAAUGGUGGGAAGCUGAAGUGUCCCUAUUGCCCCAUGGAGCAGAACCCAGCUGAUGGAAAGCGCCUCAUCUUUUGAUACUGGCAAGCCAUAGAGGAUGAAGAAGUGGGCUGUGGGGGAAAAGUCCCAUCAUGUACUAAUGGGAGUGCACACUGUCUGGUUUGGAAACAACACCGGCUGCUACAGCUAAAAGUGAAGCAGUCGGCUGUGAGGCAAGAUAUAGUGCUCUAUACUCCUUUCUCAAUCCCUCCUAGAUGUCUUCCAAGCAGUAACCCCACUUUUGGCAAGAUGCCGUAUUCUGUCCCUAUGUUUCGUUGCCACAGGGUUUGCAGCUGUGGGACAAGACAUUUAAGUCAAUCAGAUCGAACAGGAAAAAAAUUAGCUUUUGCUUGUGAAAACAGGAGGUUACAUCGGCAUUUUAAAAGCAUGUUGGGAGUUUGGCUUGGGUCUAUUCUGAAGAAAGCUUUAAAGCAGGUGGGAAACGUGGACAACAGAAGGCCUGCUGGAAUUGCCAAAGGUGACCAUCGCCUAUUUUGACAAAUAUUAUAUCUGUUCAGAAAGUGAAGUGAAAAUAGUGAGAAAAAAUCUUUUUUUAAACAACAAAAUGCCUGAGGUUCUAAUUUGGAGGGCAAGCACAAUAAUAUUGGUACUUAUGUAGAAGCCGUGCAUACUUCACAAGAAUGUGUGUUAACACUCCACUACUCUAUUUAGGGUAAGGGUAGGAAGAAACAACUAAGCUACUCUCCCUGUUUUGAAUUAGAGAACCAAAUAUAAUUGUGGGUACAGGCUAAAAAGCUAGAUUUAAUAAUAAACAAAAGACAUCCUUAAAGCAGGUAUACAAGAUACAAGAUACAAUUCAGCUUUUUAACCUUGUUACUGAUCUUUAAAUAUAACUGGUACAGGUUGCGAUAUGUAUAUAAACCAAUUUAGGCAACAUUACAAGAACAUUAGAACACGGAUGGGAGAUUCUUAAAAGAAAUCUUAAGUGUACUUUACGAGAUAUAAGGAAAAGAUCUGUGGGGAUAAACUUGAAUGUAAAUACUGCAAACAGCAGCAGAGUUGAUAAAUCUGCAGCAGUCUCUCUUGAGCCAGGUGUCAAGAAUAGAGCCCACCACUUAAAAUGAAAAGAACGGCUAGGGCAGUUGUUAUUUACAAAUGUAUUUUUCAACAGACACGCUAGAAAGCUAGUCUUUAAUUUGAAGGGUUUGGCUGCAAGAGUCAGUGCCUAAAAUGUGCACUUAACAAAUCUGAAUUAAAAACAAAGGGCCUAUCUUCAAAUAAACAUCCAGAUUAGUAUAUAGGAAGACACAUGGUUUUUGUAGCCGACUGACAUCAGCAAGGAUCUUUAUCUCAAUCCAUGUUACUACCCCCCCCUUGCUACUUGGGGACAUGAACAGCUGCAGUGACCAUAAAUGUGGUAUGAAAAUACCUGAAUAAAUUUUUUUUCUCUCAGA